UUGCACUUAUUCGUGAUCGCCCCUAGCGGAACUGCAACAGAUUGCAGGUACAAUGGAGUUAAUAGGGAGUGAUCCGGCUCUCCGUAAACGUGCUCUUCUUUGAACUAGAUUCUGUGGGCGUUGCAGUGUUUUCUUCCUAGUAAAUCACACAGGAAGGAUGAACGUGUCUUGUGGGCAAACCCAUAUCUAGACGCCCAUCUAGGCCAAACAAAAACCACAUCCUUUCCAAUAGCAGAGCGGAGUGUUUAAACUAUGUGAUGUUGAAAUCGUGCCGAUAAAUAAUCCUUCUAUUUAAAAAGACACCUGACACCAGGGACACAGUCAAGGCUUAAAGCCAGAGAUAUAGGUACCGCUACAGGUUGGCCUCAGCCCCGCCUCUCCUUCACAUCAACAUCCUGCUUUCAAGGAUGUGGGCUGCGUGAUCACACAGAGAUCGCUCGCAGGCCACUAUUGUUUCCUGUCAUUUGCGUCCUGCGCCAUGGCGAGAGCGCUUCCCAUCACGGCGCUUCUCCUGCUCCUGCUCACAGGACUCUGUCACUCACAAGGAGCGACAUCAUCAAUAAAGCCACCUGUGACGUCAACACUCACAGCAACCCCGUCAUCAACAAGAACAGUAUCUACAUCAUCAUCAACAACAACAACAACAACAACAACAUCAGCAGCAGGAUCUACAGGCAAACCUAUCACUGUCUCAUCUACAGCUGCCGCAGCAGCACAAAGUCCCACAGGGUCCCCAUCCACAAGCAAAACCACAGAGGAUAGAAAAGCAACACAGUCCGCAGAGUCCAGAUCCACACCAGCUAAUGCUGUCAGUGCUACUGUGCCCACUCACACCUCCAAUGGCACUCAAGAUGGAACUACACCCAAACAAGAAGUUAAUGGAACUGCACCCAGUCAAAAUGACACCGGUACAACUACACCCAGUCAAGAUGGAACUACCCCACAUUCAACCAACUCUACGACCCCCAGUAUGAGCACCACACUUGGGCCUUACAACUCAAGCUCAACCACAAGCACAGCUAUUCUGGGUGGUGUCGUGAAGGGCUUGUCCAAGAGUCCUGGGUUGAUUGCGGUGCUGUCCAUCUUUGUCAUCAUUCUGGCCUUGUUGUUGGUGGUCGGGAUAGUCAAAGCCGCCACCUCAGGCUCUGCAAAGUUUGAGAGGCUGGAUGAAGUACCAAUGGGUCACAUUAAUGAAGACUCUCCUUUUGCUCAGUACCCACCCAAAUGAAGAAGUCAACUCAAAUGCUUAAAUGACACAAAUGAAUGAAUAAUGACCUUGAAGUGCUGUGUAUUUGUAAUAUGUGUUUAUGAGCCAAAAAAAACAUUAAAGAAAUGAUGAAUGUUAAAAAAA